UUUCAACGAGCUGGAGAGAAAAGCGGAGAAGGGCAGACAUCAUUUCUCUCUCAGCGUCUUUGGACUAACUGCACGAAGGCAGAGACAAGAAAAAAAUCUUUUUUCCGAACAAGAACAUAAAUAUCUAAAUAAAUUCACAAAAUUAACCAUGGCCGAUACAGCUGUUGACACAACCGCAACUGCAGAGGUUACAGCCAAGGAGCUGAAGGAGAAGAAAGAAGUAGAGGUGGAGGAGAAGACCGACAACGGGGACGCACCUGCCAAUGGCACUAAUGGUGCUGAUCACAGUGACGAAGUGAAAGAAACCACAGAGGAGGAGCACAAGAAUGGAGAUGAGAAAGAAGAGGAGGCGCCCCCUGCUGAGGAGACCGAUGCACAGCCUGUGAAGCGUGCGGCUGAAGAAGAAGAAGAAGAGGAGGAGGAAAAGGUGGAGACAAAAAAGCAGAAGACAGAGGAGAAUGGAGAUUCAAAAGAGGCAGAAGUGGAGGCUUAGUUCUCUGCCCUGCUAACCUGUUUGCAGCACUGUCUUACCAGCCUGGUCAACAUUGUGCUGUAGAGCUUGUGCUUUCUGUAUCUUUGAGAGAGAUUUCUUUUUUUUUUUUUUGCUCCCAUGUUACCACAUUGCACUGGAGUCUUGAAACAUAGUGGCCCUGCAUCCUUUUUUUUAUGAAAUGUUAUUUAUUGGUCUUUAAAAUGAGCUUUUUUUCUACUUGUACAAAUUGGGCCACACCAUGAGAUCAGUUUUUUUCAUUUCCUGAGAUUUUGUAUCGGUAUGUUAGAAGCACAAUCUCUAUUAUGUCAGUGCUGACCAGAUGAUUCAUACAUACAGGCAGCUGCUCACCUCCAAGGCUCAUGUUGACCUCUCAGACACACUUAAAGGACCAAAGAUAAGUUUUAAGUGGGGGAUAAAUGACAGUUGUUAGCAUUAUUAGUUGAGGCGUUAUUUUUUGUGUUGAGCUGCUACUUAAUCCUUGGCUGCCCUGUUAACAGAUGGUGCAAACGAAUAAAGGGGCUCUGUUGUGCACCUCCAUGGUAAGAUUGUUUGACCUCGUUCUGUGGAGGCAGGAUUUCGCAAUGUUAAUUAACCCCUCUUAAAUCUUAAGGCUUUGGUCAUUUGUUCUGUAUGCAUUCCACGCAAGUUUGUACCAUUUAUACUUUUGUUUUUCUUACAUUUUCAAUAAGUUUUAUGUUAUGGUUGGGUAGCCCAGUUUUGUGUACAAGACUGCCUUUUUCAGAACCAGAAUGACAUUCGGUUACUUCAGCCACUGCUUUGUAUAUUCUGAUUAACAAAUAAAUUGUCUUUUUACUUAA